CAUAAUUUCAAUUUUUUCUAUGGACAGCACUCCGGCGGAAAUGCUAAGCAUUCGGGCGGGCACUUUGGAUCGUUUUAUGUGAGGAGUGCUUAUCAAUGUGGCCACUGUGUAUGUGCAUGAGAAAUACACCAGUUUUUGGAAUGAUGUGGCUCUGCUAAAGCUGGAGAAGCCACUUGUCUUCUCCAAUCAGAUUGGUACCAUACCGCUGGCCAGUGUGGAGACACCUGUUGGCUGCCAGGUAAUUAUUUCGGGCUGGGGUCGGCUAAAGACUGAGGGCGAUGUGCCCCGCGAAAUGCAGUGGAACACACUCAAAUCCAUAUCGAAGUUGAGCUGCGGCACCUCUAUUUUUGUGAACAGGGAUAACAUGCUCUGCCUGGCCCAUGAGAUGGGUAACGGUGCCUGCUAUGGCGACUCUGGCGGUCCGGCGAUCUUCAAUAACGAGCUAGUAGGCGUUGCCGGCUUCGUCGUCGAUGGCUGUGGCUCGUCCAAUCCCGAUGGCUAUGCAAAGGUCUUCUAUCAUCGCGAUUAUCAAGCAUGCCAAUUUGUAAACAAGAAUAAAUAAUAAUUGCAAUCAAAUUAAUAAUUGAUUUUUAUGUAUAUCUAAUACAUUAUAUCUGUGCCCGAUGUUUUUAAUAUUAGUGUGAUCAAGU